CAACGUCGCCUUCGUAACACGAACGACACAUUUCACGAGACAUUCGUGUCAUAUGAAAGGAAUGCGUCAGUACAUAUCGAAAGGAGCAUAUAAUCUCGUAUUGAAUAAUGCUCGAGCCAUGAGUUAUGAUGCGUAAACAAUGUCACUGGAAUGCCGGAGGUUUCAAUUCUGAACAAAGGCGCAAUUUCGGAUAAAUUCCGUUAUAGCUCCGGUAGCCGGGAAGGUUAGCCUCACUGUGGUUAAGACUGUACAACUGGACAGAUGGCAGUGAUUGAGCUCCGGAGAGACAGCGGAAUGAUGGUUCAGUUUUCCUACGUAUGACGAGCAGGAGGAGGAGUUUUAUUGUCCGAGACGGACAGCACCCAGAUUGCAUCCCUGGGGGAAUGCCACAUCAGGGGGAAUCGAAAUAUGAGGUUGAUGAGAUCCGCAAUUUCAAACUAAUCGUAGGAUUCGAGAAACCCGAAAUAUGGCUCGGCCGGAAACAUGGUCGGCAGGAUGAAACAGAGGUUAGCGAAAUUGGACAAAGAAGCAAAGAUGAGGAGGAGGAAGAGAUGGAGAUAGAGAGAUACCUCUGAGUGCAAGAAGGCAUUUAUUGAGUUCAAAUGGCGAGUAGCAGUGAUGGCUUUUAUAACAGGUGCGCGAAGGCAGACGAAGCACGACAGGUUUCAGGCAUGCUUCAGGACAAGAUUGUGGGCGGCAAUCAGACAAGGAAGCUCGGGCUCCUGCUGCUGCUACUUUUGCUGAUGGAACCUCUGGGACGUGCUCGGUCCAGCGUUUUGCUGUCCUCUGGCAAGCUGGAAGCCUGCAAGCGCGACGCGAUUCAGACCGAGGAUCUGAUUUGUGAGCUGAAAGUGGUAUUGGGUCUUACUGUUGUCAAUGGCGAGGUCGAAGAGAGUGAUGCUGUUGAGACCUUUGUCACUUCAGUUGAAGACUUCGACGGUCGAGUGAGGGAUCUUGCAGAACCAUACCGGAUAACUAUUUACAAAAGCGAUGUUUAUGCCCAUUAUCCUCUGAAUCUUGUCCAGGUCUUCAACGAUUAUCCUCAUGAGGUUGCAUCACCUGCUCCUAAUUGCAACGAUGCAGAUGUUGCAUCAAUGCCAAAUUGUGGGUGGGUGCUUGACAAUGGGGGAAACAAAUUGCAGCACAGUCAGGGUUUCUGUUGCCUUUGUUCCCUCAUGGAUACGCUCCCAAGCUGGAUGGGAGGAACGAAAUUCAAAAGACUUGAUGUUGAUUGCUCUCUGAAAUCAAUGGCAGGUCAACUUCCGUGGUGGAGGAAUGGCAGUGUACACUGUCUAAGAUUCUCGAAUAAAUGGUAUCCCACCUAUGAAAUUCAAGAUCCCAGCUUGAAAUUCUCGAUAAAGGUGGUCUUACAUCAACUGUACUCCGACUCAGAAGCUAUCUAUGUGGCAAAGAUUGAAGAUUUUGUAAAUGAAGAGAGGACAAUGAAGGCCAUGUUACAAGCUGAUUCGAAUGCCUCUCGACCGCCGAAUCUGAAUGGCCUUUAUCUUUCCAUACCGAACCAUGAGGGGAGAAGCGACAUGAUUCAAGAUCCCAACCAGUGGUUGGCCCUAGGAAAGAAUAAUUACACUCUGGAGGGUUCUGAGUGCUACAAAAUUGGGGUCUCCUAUAAAGCUUUCCGUUUUCAGGAUGAUCCAUGCUUACAAAAGUUCCAGUCUUGUUGUGGAAAGCAGCUCAAAAUUUAUGCGGAGGAGGAGGCAAGAAGAAUAGCCGCCGCCAACGAAACCAGGUUCUCGAUAUGUCAUUAUGGAAAUAUUCUCAGCAAUAUCCUGGACCCAGAUACCAAGCAUCUACGGUUAGGAAUGCUACUUAACGGGACGAUGACUUCUAUUCUUACUCUGGAGUUGAAAGCUGACGACAUCUCUUUCUUCAAUAGGACGACAGGCAGGAUUCUCGAAGCAUUUGCUCGAAUAGAUUCAAGGCGAAAGGGCGUUACCUUGAUUGUGAAGCUCACAAACCUUGGCUGGCAGACUGCCGGCUUUAUUGUACAGGUGGACUCUUGUUCAGAUGGGAUAGAUCUCAUCCUGCCAGCUAAGAACGUCUCGCUUCCCGUCCCAGCAGUUUCAUCGCUGGUCUCAUUGGAUUUACUCCGAACGGAUGAAAUUGUCAGUUCUUACUGGUGUGAAGUGUCACUAUUUGAUACUAUGGGUGUGAAACAAGAUGGUAUUGAAGUGAAGUUCAAUUUAGUGGCCAGCCGGCACGGCCAUAGAUACAAGUUGGCAGCUGCAGAUUUCCGGCCACAUUUUGUUAUGUUGGAUGAUUAUGCUGCAGACCAGGCUGCAGCCCCGAAUUCGUCUGAUGCAGCACCUGUACCGCCAAACAACACUGGAGGAUUCUGUUUUGGUCUCUGCUGGCUUUUUGGGACUGGCAACUCAACAACAAGUUAUGUUAACUGGACUUGCGGGAACUGCACUAAAAGCGUGAUAAAAGGUUUUGCCUGCUACAUCCGAAACUACUGCUGGAAGCCAGUCAUGAUCGUAUUUGGGGCACUCCUCACAACGGUUUUAAUUGUGAUUGGAAUCUACCUGGUGUGGCAAGCUGACCAACUGGGACCAACUGGGCAAAAGGCGUUGGCCAUGAUGAAGGCUGCCUUCGCGAAGAUUUCGGGGAAAGAUGCAGCUAAAGGGACUGAGGAGGACGGGGGACACGCUGAAGCCCAGAGCCAGGGCAGCAACGAAGAUGGCUCAAAGUCUUCGAGUGCGUCAGAACCUGACGAGGGCUCAGGCUCGGGCUCUGGCUCAGACUCUGAUGAUGACGGUGAUGGUGGAUCCUCAAAAUCUUCAAAAUCUUCUAAAGAAGCCCGUUCGGGCAGUGUGUUUGGCGACUUUUUUUCCAAUAACAAGAAGAGAAAGCGUACGGCUGGUUCGUUCACGUAUUCUGAGAUUUCUGAGGACGAUGACGGCGAUGGUGGUUCAUCGAAAUCAUCCAAGUCUUCCAAGUCCUCUAAGGGAUCGGGUGGCUUGCUCGGCAAAUUUUUCUCCAAAAAAAGGAAACGCAAGGGCAAAUCUUCCAGGAAAAAGAAGAAGAAGAAGAAGAAGAAGAAAAAGACGGGGUUCAAGUUCUCAGCCAAAGCCAAAGGCUUCCUGAGUAUAUUCAAAAAGAAGAAAAAGGAGAAAAGAGGGAAGGAGAAAGGGGAAUCCAAGACGGGAAAGAAGAAAAAGGGAGGUUUUUUUGUGAGAGCCUUCAAGAGGGAUCGAGGUGACUCCAAGAAGAAACCCAAGAAGAUGUUUGGCUUCAUGGAUAUGUUCAAACCAAAGAAAGGGGGCCGUAAGAAGAAAGACGACGGAGAUGAGUCAGUCGAGAAAAAAGGCAAGAAGAAAUCGAAACACAAAAAAAGAAAGAGCAGCACGUGGGGGGACUUUUCGAAGAAGAAAAGAAAGAAGAAGAAAAAUAAGAAGAAGAAUAAGAAGAAAAAGAAGAAGGCUGGAGGAAAGGGAGAUCGGGAGGACGAUGAUACUGAGGAGGAAAAUGAGAAUGACGAAAAUGAUGAAAACGAAAACAACGAGGACUACUCUGGGAAAAAGGAAAGCUCGGACGGGGGAAAAUUUUCUAAGUUCAAACAAGGUUUCUCGUCAGGUUUUUCGUCAUUUUGGAACAAAAUUAGAAGAAAGGAACAACCUACCACAAAAACGGACUCCGAUGACAAUACCGAAGAAAGGAAUACAAACAAGGAGAGCGGAAUGAAUGAUGACUCUGACAGUGAUUCUGGAAAACACACCUCGGACUCUGGGUGGAAGAGCAGAAGGGGAAAGAAGAAUAAGAAGGACAAAGGCCGAGGAGAUGAUGACUCAGAUUCUGAUAUGAAGAACGAGAGAAAGAAGAAAAAGAAGAAGUACAAGGAUGGUGCAGAUAAGGACUCGGAGUCGACGAAGAAGAAAAAAAAGGGCAAGCAUGGUGCAGAUUCUGAUUCAAAGGCAGACAAGAAGAAGAAAAAAAAGGGCGAGCAUGGUGCAGAUUCUGAUUCAAAGGCAGACAAGAAGAAGAAGAAAAAGGGCGAGCAUGGUGCAGAUUCUGAUUCAAAGGCAGACAAGAAGAAGAAAAAAAAGAAGAAGGCCAAGGACGGUGACGAGUCCGAAACCAAGAACGAAGCAAGUGAGAUUCAUGGGGAUGAUAGCGGAGCGCAAACGGAUGAAGAGCAGACCAAGAGCUUUUGGGGCUUCUUUGGAAAGAAAAAGAAAAAGAAAGAUGAAAAAGGUAAGAAGGGGAAGAAGGCGAAACAGAAGACGGAGAAAGAUGAUGAAGCGGAGAUAGAAGGUAAGAGAGAUGAAAGGAAGAAGAAGAAAGAAGGACAAGAAGAGGAGACCGAUUGGUCGGGUAUGCAACAGCUCGAAAACCUUCAACAACCACCAUUGGCAGACCCUAUGCAACAGGGUGGAAUGCAGCAGGAUCCAUAUUUUCCACAAAAUGCAUCAGGAAAUCCUUGGGGUGAUAUGCAACAAGGGCCAUUGCUAGAUUACUUCGGAUUCCCAGUUCAACCUCAAUAUUUUCCUCCACCUCCUCCUCCACCUCCUCCACCACUCGCCCCACGACUUUCAUCCGCAGCCAUCGAAGUGAAAGAGACGAAAAAGAAGAAAAAGAAAAAGAAGAAAAAGAAGGAGAAGGGGAACAUAGCCAGUGCAGCCGAUGUCUCACCUAGCCAGCAAACAGUCCAUACUGCUGAUGAGUCGCCAGCACCAGUGUCCCCUGUAGAUGGAGCAGCUACAAUCGACACACCAGAAUUGCCGAAUGUUUCCCAGGAACAUGGGACCAAAAAGAAGAAGCACAAGAAGAACAAAAAGAAGAAGGCAAAUAAACCAGAACAGACUCCCGAAGAAUUGGCUGCAGAAAUCGAGUCCAAACGAGCUGCAAGGAAGAAGAAGAAAGAGAUUCACGGGGAGGAUCCAGACGUAUCUGGAAUGCAGCAACUAGAAGUGCAAGAAAUUACUGUGCAUCCGGAGCCACUUGAAGAGAAACUGGUGUCGCCUGCAGAGACGGAACUAGCAGCUAUACCAGAUACACCAGACUUGACGGAGGUUCUACAGGAAGACGGCAGUAGAAAAAACCGCAAGAAGAACAAAAAGAAGGGACUAAAAUCAGAACAGACACCUGAACAGAUGGCUGCGGCUAUUGAGGCCAAACGAGCUGAAAGGAAGAAGAAAAAAGAAGAUUUAAUGCAGUCUGAAGAUCAAGCGCUGUCCGGGAUGGAGCAACUGGAAGAACCAGCAAUCAUUACGCCUCCUCAGCCACUUUCGGAGCAACCACUGUUGUCUGACGACUCAGAGCUAGCAAAUAUAACAGAUGCACCAGAUUUCCCGGAAGCUGUCCAGGAAGACGGGAUGAAGAAAAAGCACAAGAAGAAGAAUAGAGCGUCGAAGGGACAAAAGCCACAACAGACACCUGAAGCCUUGGCUGUGGAAAUUGAGAUGAAACGAGCUGCACGGAAGAAGAAGAAAGAGAUGCAGGCUGAGGAGCUAAACGUGUCUGGGAUGGAGCAACUAGAAGAGCAAGCAAUCAGUGUACCUCCUCAACCACUUGAGGAGCCACCCAUGUUGUCUGAACAGAUGGAUGUGGCUGAGGAGCUAGACGUGUCUGGAAUGGAGCAACCAGAAGAACAAGCACUCAGUGUGCCUCCUCAACCUCUUGGGGAGCUAUCUGUGUUGUCUGAAGGGACAGAGCUCUCAGAUAUAACAGAUGCACCAGAUAUCUCGGGAGUUGUCCAGGAAGACAGGAGGAAGAAUAAGCGCAAGAAGAAUAGAAAGUCGAAGGGACAAAAACCUCAGCAGACACCUGAAGCCCUGGCUUUGGAAAUUGAGAUGAAAAGAGCUGCGCGGAAGAAGAAGAAAGAGAUGCAGACUGAGGAGCUAGACUUGUCUGGAAUGCAGCAACUAGAAGAACAAGCAAUCAGUGGGUCUCCUCAACCACUUGAGGAGCAACCCGUGUUUUCUGAACAGAUGGAUGUGGCUGAGGAGCUAGACGUGUAUGGAAUGGAGCAACUAGAAGAACAAGCAAUCAGUGUGUCUCCUCAACCACUUGAGGGGCAAAUCGUGUUGCCUGAACAGAUGGAUAUGCCUGGACGGGUCGGGACGCCAGAAAAAGCGGGAAAGAAAGAGGAGAAGGUACAGAACCAAAUGGCUCUUAUGCAGCAUCAACCCGAACUUUCACCAGAUGACGGCGACUCGAUGUUCAGCUCAAUGUUUGCAGAAGACGAAACGCCAAAGUUUAACAGUUCUCUGCCCCAGGUAGCGCAGAUAACUGGGCAAAGUGGAAAAAGGAAAACCCAGAGAGGACAAACACAAUAUGUGGCGCAGCAAGAUGAAGGGGUUCCGAAUCCAUAUUUACUGCAACCAGUUGUUAAUGAAGGUCAACUACCACUUGAUCCGAUGCUCGAAGCAGAUUUGGACCCUACGUCCAAUGCUGGACAAUGGGUGGAAGGACAAUUUGGGGCAGUUCCUGGUUACACCAUGUUAGAUGGGCAGCAUUCGAGUAUUCCAGAAGAUGCGAAUUCGCUCAGUGAUGCUCAGUUGACAGCGGAAUUUGAUCCUUCAAUAGGGCUUGACCAGAAAAAAUCGCAGCUCGUAUUGCCAUCCGAAGUUGUACAAAUUGCCGAACUGUCGUUGCCAGAAUCCGGUCUUCCUCCCAUUGACCAGCCUGUUACGGACUUCAAUCGUACGCCUGACCUCACUGCUACCAGUCUCCAACAAAUAACGUCUCCUUCUGACCUAAGUACAAGUGUCCCACCUAAUUAUCCCGAUCAACUCGAGCGAAACCUUCUUCCUGAGUCUACUACCUUGGCACCCAUUUCGCCUUUUGUUCCUUUGCAAAAACCAUCUUUUAAAGCAGGUCUCUCUCCUCAGAAUCCCAGUUCUCCUCUUUCUUCCCAACAAAAACAACCGAUUUCUCAUCCACUCAAAUCCAAUUCACAUCCUGCAGACGGCAGUCACCCAAAUGCUCAAAUCUCCCAGUACCAAUCAAAUGCCCCUCAACCAACUAGGCACGUUUCGUCUCUACCUAGCGGUGUACGUCCUCAGAGUCUAAAUCCAUCUACAUCUACCUCUACUCCUACUAUGAAUCCACCUCCUCCUAUUACUCCUCAACCGACUGCCCAAUAUCUCCAGACUUCUCUCUCUCAAAGAGUCCCUUCACAAUCUCGUUCUCAGACUCAGACAGGCCAAUCUUCUGGUACCCCACGUCGAUCUCAAACUCCUAAAUCUCCUUCUCCACCCCCUCCACCUCCUCAGACAAGCCAAUCUCCUGGUACCCAACGUCGAUCUCAAACUCCUAAAUCUCCUCCUCCACCCCCUCCACCUCCUCAGACAAGCCAAUCUCCUGGUACCCAACGUCGAUCUCAAACUCCUCGAUCUCCUCCUCCUCCUCCACCCCCUCCACCUCCUCCAUCAAGUCAGCCCUAUAAACUUCCUCCAGCUGGGAAUCCUGGUUCUUCACAUUCACAAUCACCAACUCCCUAUCUAACAGGAGGACAAGUUGAUGACGAGAUCAAAAGGAUUGUGACAUCUCGGAGCCUUGUUUUCUUCAACUCUGAGAAUUUGCAGUUAGACAGAUUCGCAAAGCAUUCCGAUCUUAAUGGGCAGAACAUCUCUGUCAUUGGCAUUCUAAGUGCUGCGCCAAAUGGGAAGUUUAUUUUCAAGCUGUCGAAAAGCUAUGAAAAUCGUGUGAAGGAAACCAAAUCUGGAGUUCGUAACGAGACAAUGGAAUCUGUUGGAAACCUUCCUUGCUUUCAUCAACUAUUGACGGUCAAUCAAGCAAGGCAGUACAUAAGCACGUCCCCACGCUUCAACUGCAUCAACAAACUUUGACCACGACCCUCAGGUCAAGUACCACGAGAUUUGUCACCAUUAUUACUGUCAAGCCGUCUAGAACAUCAUUGCUCUCGUGUAGACGGGUGACCUCAUCGAGACGACUGUGCUUCAACACUUGAUUCCAACACUGUUCGGAAAAACUACAGAUUGCCAAUACAUCCAAUCCAGUCCAGACAAGAUCUAGUGCAGGAAGGAGGAAAAAAAUCAGAAUAGUUUGGAAAACGCAUACCUGUAUCUGCAUCGUUGCGGUUAGAAUCUCCCAUUCAUCUCUCACCUGCUUCUCAACUCGUUCGAAGUAAAGCAUCACCUGUGAGACUCCGAUCAAGAAAUGAUAACAGCCUUCCUUCUCCAGUGGAGGUAUUUGUCUAACCCUUGAGCGCUUUCUCAAGCAUGAACAUUGUUUGCAGUGAGACAGAAAUAAUAGAAUCUUAAUUUUGAAACUCUGGUUCGACCGAACGCAAAGACAUUACAUCGGGAAAGUUCGCAACCUUGAGCACGUUGUUGGCUCUCUUUGAUGGUCCUUCUUGUACCGUAGUCAUCACGUUAACCGGAUCCUAUCCAUAAAAAGCCAUCACGAAGAAAUGUCACAUUUGAGCAUAUAUCAGAGCAGACUCAUAAGUGAUGACAAUGGCUUGAAAUGACAUUCUUAUCACC